CGAGGCCCCCGGUUGAUGCCGCAGAGCUCGCCCAGCGCCGCCACCACCGUCUCCGGCAUGGACAAGAACAGCGGCUCCGGCAGCUCCUCCGCCUCCUCGGGCAGCAGCAAAGGGCAGCAGCCGCCCCGCUCCGCCUCGGCGGGCUCGGCCGGCGAGUCUAAACCCAAGAGCGAUGGAAAGAACUCAAAUGGAUCCAAGCGUUUUAACCGUAAACGUGAACCUUCCUACCCCAAAAAUGAAACUUUUAGCAACCAGCCCCGUCGCUCCAGUUCACAGAAAAGCAAAACUUUUAAUAAGAUGCCUCUUCAAAGGGGCGGCGGCAGCAGCAAACCCUUUAGCGCUUCUUUUAAUGGUGGAAGACGAGAUGAGGUAGCAGAGGCUCAGCGGGCAGAGUUCAGCCCUGCCCAGUUCUCUGGUCCUAAGAAGAUCAACCUCAACCACUUGCUGAAUUUCACAUUUGAACCUCGUGGCCAGGCAGGUCACUUUGAAAGCAGUGGACAUGGCAGCUGGGGAAAAAGAAACAAGUGGGGGCAUAAGCCUUUUAACAAGGAACUCUUUUUACAGGCCAACUGCCAGUUUGUGGUGUCUGAAAACCAAGACUACACAGCGCAUUUUGCUGAUCCUGAUACCUUAGUCAACUGGGACUUUGUGGAACAAGUGCGCAUAUGUAGCCAUGAAGUGCCAUCUUGCCCAAUAUGCCUGUAUCCACCUACUGCGGCCAAGAUAACUCGUUGUGGACACAUAUUCUGCUGGGCAUGCAUCUUGCACUACCUCUCCCUGAGUGAGAAGACCUGGAGUAAAUGCCCCAUCUGCUACAGUUCUGUGCAUAAGAAGGAUCUCAAGAGUGUUGUUGCCACAGAGUCGCACCAGUAUGUAGUUGGUGAUACUAUCACGAUGCAGCUGAUGAAGAGGGAGAAGGGCGUGUUGGUGGCCUUGCCCAAAUCCAAAUGGAUGAAUGUAGAUCAUCCCAUUCAUCUAGGAGAUGACCAGCACAGUCAGUACUCCAAGCUGCUGCUGGCCUCCAAGAAGCAAGUGCUGCGCCGUGUUGUCCUGGAGGAGAAGGUGGCACUGGAGCGGCAGCUGGUGGAGGAGAAGCACACGCCAGAGUCCUGCUUCAUCGAGGCCGCCAUUCAGGAGCUCAAGGCUCGGGAGCAGGCUCUGUCAGGGUUGGCCGAAGGCAGCGGCGACGUCACUGGGGUGGUGGCUGCCCUGGAACAACUGGUGCUGGUGGCUCCACCCAGGAAGGGUGUUCUGGGCUAUUUGUCUGCUUUUGAUGAAACCACAGCAGCUUGUUCUCUGCACUCGUCUCUCCCUCUGGUGGAGGAAGAGGAAGCUGCAUCAGAACUGGAGCCUGAGGGCUUGCCCGAGGCCUGUGCUGACCCAGAGGUAGCAGAUGACAGUCGUGGGGAAGGGACCAAUUAUACUGAGUCUGGCCAGCAGGAACCCAUCACCAAGCCAGUCUCCGCACACCUGAGCAGUUCUCCCUGCUACUACUUUUACCAAGCGGAGGAUGGGCAGCACAUGUUCCUGCACCCAGUGAACGUGCGCUGCCUGGUGCGGGAAUACGGCAGUCUGGAGCAGAGCCCCGAGAAGAUCUCGGCGACCGUGGUGGAGAUCGACGGGCACUCCAUGUCGGAGGAUGUUCGCCAGCGUCACCGCUAUCUCUCUCACUUGCCGCUCACCUGUGAGUUCAGCAUCUGCGAACUGGCCUUGCAGCCUCCUGUCGUCUCAGAGGAGACCCUGGAGAUGUUCUCAGAUGACAUUGAGAAGAGGAAGCGCCAGCGCCAGAAGAAGGCUCGGGAGGAGCGCCGCCGGGAACGCAGGAUCGAGAUGGAGGAGAACAAGAGACAGGGCAAGUACCCAGAAGUCCACAUUCCCCUAGAGAAUCUACAGCAGUUUCCUGCCUUCAAUUCCUACAGCAGCUCCUCCAGUUCAGCUUUGGGUCCCACCAGCACCGAGGACCCCGGGCCACUCUCCCUUUCUUCUCUUAGCAGAAGUCCCGGGCCCUGUGCAGACUUUCUGCUGGCCCCUCUGUCACCUACUGCCGGUCAGGGCAGUCCCUCCCUCUGCGUUGGGAGUCUGGAAGAAGACUCUCCCUCCCCUUCUUUUGCCCAGAUGCUGCGAGUUGGAAAAGCAAAAGCAGACGUGUGGCCCAAGACCGCUCCAAAGAAAAAUGAGAACAGCCUCGUGCCUCCUGCCCCUGGUGACAGUGAUGGGGAGAGUGACAACUCGGACCGGGUCCCUGUGCCCAGUUUCCAGAACUCCUUUAGCCAGGCCAUGGAAGCAGCCUUCUUGAAACUGGACACAGCAGCUACUGCCGACCCCCUCUCAGAGGAGCGAGGAGGAAAGAAAAGGAAGAAGCAGAAACAGAAGCUCCUAUUCAGCACCUCGGUCGUUCACACCAAGUGACACUACUGGCCCACUCCGCCUUCGCCAUUGGGCUCUCACUUUUCCUUGCUUUGUUUUGCUGCUGUAAUUUUUAAGUAUUUGAAUUUGAACAGAUUAGCUCUAAGGGGUGGGUGGGGGGUUUCCACAUGAGGGGCAACCAAGCAAAUUUUAAAUACAGUGUAUUUUCCAGCUUUCCGUCUUUACACCAAAAUAAAGUAUUGACACGCACAAGAGAUCUCUUCCUGCCAAGGUUUUUAGUUUGUUGCUAGGUUAGGCUUUUCUGACCUCACUCGGGAUACAGCCAGGCCCCUGCGGCAGCCCAGAGGAGCACCCGUGAGGUGUCAGGGUGAGCACUGUGGUGUUACCACCAUCCAUUCAUCCUUUAAAAAACGAGUGAAGUCUUUCCUACCUCUUCAGUUCUCUUUUGGGCUGGGAAUAAAGUGGCUUUAGGACACCCA